AACCAAUUCAUAGAUUAUAUAAUUGUUAAAAAUUAUAUUUUUCGAUAUAAUAAGACUUUGUAUUAUAAUAUAAUCCAAAAAAUCCGCGCUUUCCAAGCGCGGUUCAAAAUCUAGUAAAUGUUUAAAAUGUAACUUAAUUGCGCAUGGUGCAGAUUCUAUUUUAGUUUUUCGUUAAAAGACGGUUUAUUCUCUGUAAAAAGUUAAAAUAUUCCAAUGCCAUAGAACGAUCAGGCCGAAGGACAAUCCAAAAAUGAUUUAACACCAAAAUAUCAAGUAUUAAAUCGUUAAAAUUAUAUUUUAAUGUUGGCCUAACUAUAUGACCCUGAGUUUGAGAGAUCAAAUACACGUGUGUGUGAUGUGUACGGAGGUUAGUGUUGUGUAGUAUAAGACAAACAAAGCCAAGUAAUCUCGUGUCCAUAAUUUCACAUGUAAUUAUAUGAUUCAACGUCUUGUUUGUUGAUAGUACCUUUUGGUUCAUUUCUAUUAUUACCAUUUAAUUCAUUUUUGCAUACUACAUAUUAUUAUAGUGUUCUACUUGUACUUAAUGUCUUCUCAAAGUCUCUUUCAUUGUAAAAAGUUAAAUAUAUAUCUUCCCGCUUUUGGAUUGCCAUCUAUGGCUCACACUUUCCUCUACCAACUCUUUGAAAACAAUUUUUCAUUUCAUUCUUUUCGCUACCUAUUUUUUAAUCAUUGAUCCCAAACUACCAUUUAAUCAUCCUUUAUAUGAUUUAUACACAAACUCAGCUGAUAUAAUAAGAAGGUAACGACCAAAGAGCAACAAUGGCUUUGUCAGGAAGACAGAAUCAAUAGCACGAGAUGAGACCACUGAGAACCAACAACAAGAAACAUCCUUUUGCCACUUCACCUUUGCUUACAUCACAAAUCAUCCAACCACAUUCACUUCAGAGUCCAUCAUUGUCUCUAAUAAUCUAUAUUUUUGUUUGUAUAAUACAUAUUAUUAAAGCAUAUGUUUUGUUUAGCUUUAGACUAUAAUUAAUUUGAUUAGUGACUUACCCUAACGGUAUAGUUUAGAUUAACAUUUUGUUGAUUGUUCUGACCUAUAAACUUUUUUUCCAAGUUUGUAAACCGUUUAUGAUAUUUUAGUUUAUUUUAUGCUUUGUUCAAAACAUUUAACUUCUCUUAAUAUAUUAAUGGCUUCUUAGGAAAUACUCUAAUAAGCCACUCUUAAUAUAUCAAACACAUUCAUGACUGAACUCUAGCCUAUUUAAAAAACAACUAGACAAGCAUCUAGGGGUGGGCAAAAAACCCAAACCGAACCGAAUCGAACCAACCAAACCGAAGUUAAACCGAACCAAACCAAACCGUGCUCUUUAUGUAAUCCAAUUGGUUCAUGUUUUACUCAACCCGAACGGUUUGGUUUGGUUUGGGUUUAAACCAAACCAAACCAAACCAAACCGAUAAUCCAAUAUAUAUAUAGUAAAAAUAUAUAUGAUAUAUAUAUAUGUAUUAACAUAUUGCAAAUUUUAGUUAAAGUUUCGUUUUUCAUUUUUUCAUAACUUCCAUAUCUUUAAAAAAAAUUAUAAAUACGAUUCAAAUAAUACUAUUAUAUAUAAAAUCAUGUAGCAUAAGUUUUUAUAUUCUUACUCUAUCGUUUAUGAGUUGAUUAUUUUUUAAUAAAAGUAUAAAACUGAUGCCUUCAUAUUUUAUAACCAACCCAAACUACACUGAACCAAACUAGACCAUAAUAAUGUAAACCAAACUAAAUCUAAACCAAACCGAACUGAACCGAACCGAAUUAAACCCAAACCGAACCCAACCCAAAGCUACUUUGGUUUUAAUUGGUUUGAGUUUUAUAAAACCCAAAUUACCCAAACCAAACCGAACCCAAACCGAACCCGAAACUAAACCGAAAUGCCCACUCCUACAAGCAUCAUAUCAAAUUUUAACUCCAAAUUACUAUUUUUUUGAACAAACUCCAAAUUAAGAAUCUAAAUGAAAAUACAGAAGACGACCCACUAAAAUAAAUUAUUUUUAACCCUCAACCCUAAUUAAACUUUCCUUUUUAGCAUCUUUUAGGCCAAAAAAUAAAUAAAUUUAACUUGAUUAAAAUAUCAUUGGGCUUAUUGCGCUUUAUGCUUCUUCGUCAAGACUCAUAUACACAGCUAAUGAUUAUCUCAUGCAAUGAUCAUCCCUUUUCCACACUCUUUAUUAAUCUCGAAACGACUCUCUUUUUCUUACUAUCUCCUCAAGAAAGAAUAACAUUUUGUUCUUCUUCAAGUGUAUAGAAUCAUUGUGUUCUCAAAUAUUCCAACCUUUGCUGGAGUGAGACAACGUAACAAAUACAAAUGAUAACUUCUUCAGAAGAGGGUAGUAACAAGAUCCUUGUGGCAAUCUCGUUGGAUCACGACGAGAGUCAAAACGCUCUAUCGUGGGCCAUCAAUGUUCUUGCUAAACCAAAUGAUACAAUUGUUGCUCUUCAUCUUCUUGUUGGUGAAGAGCCAAAAAAGAUUCCGAUGAAAAAGAAGAGGAGGAUUCAGAUUCGCCGUGCCAAAGCUCAUGUUAUCUCCAUGCUUGGAGAAUUCGCUUACACUUGCUGCCAGAACCAAGUGAACUUGGAAGCCAAGGUAGGGUUUUGCUCAAAAAUCGGAAGAGGACUAAUCAAUGAAGUCAAGUCAAUUUCUGCUCACUAUCUUGUUCUUUCCCGACCAACCAGUCACGCAUUCAGGAUAUGGAAUGAGAUCACAAGGUAUGUCUCGGACUUUGCUCCGUCAAGUUGCUCUAUUGUUUUUGUCGGAAGCCAAAGAAAACAGCAUAAAGAUUGCUACUCUGACUCUGAUAUUUCUCGAGACAUAAAGAGUGAGAAGUAUUCACCGCGUAGCGUACUAAGCAUUCUAUCAAGAGAUCUGAUUAGCUCCUCAGGCGAUGAUGCUUCAAGUUUCAGCAGUUCAAUGGUUUCUUCUAGCGUCGCUUCUCCUUCAGACAAACCCAAACAUAGGCCGAUGUCUCCCUAUAGAUUAAUAUCUUCACUUAUCAUGAACUCUCCUUUGAGGAAAUGGAGAAGAAACGAGACUAAGAACAACCCUAAACCUAAACCUCUUAUUCAGUGCUUUACUUACAACGAGAUCUCUAAAGCCACAAACGAUUUUGAUCAAGAGAACAUAGUAGGUAUAGGAGGAUACUCUGAAGUGUACAGAGGAGAUCUAUGUGAUGGGAGAAGAAUCGCAGUGAAGAGAUUAACGAAAGAGAGUGGUGACAUGAUCAAGGAAAAAGAGUUUCUUACGGAACUCGGCAUCAUAAGUCAUGUCUCUCAUCCCAACACUGCCCUUCUCUUAGGUUGUUGUGUUGAGAGAGGUCUCUAUCUUGUCUUCAGGUUCUCUGAGAACGGAAACUUGUACUCCGCCUUACACGAGAAGGAAAACGGGUCGUUGGAUUGGCCUAUACGGUACAAGAUUGCAGUUGGAGUUGCUAGAGGGCUUCAUUAUCUUCACAAACGCUGCAACCAUCGGAUCAUUCACCGUGAUAUCAAAUCUUCCAACGUUUUACUUGGACCUGAUUUUGAACCGCAAAUAACUGAUUUUGGAUUGGCGAAAUGGCUGCCUAACAAAUGGACUCACCAUGCGGUUAUACCGGUUGAAGGAACGUUCGGUUAUCUAGCACCAGAGUCCUUAAUGCAAGGAACCGUAGACGAGAAAACUGAUAUCUACGCAUUUGGUAUUCUCCUUCUUGAAAUCAUAAGUGGACGAAGACCGGUGAAUCCCUCUCAUAAUCACAUUCUCUUAUGGGCCAAGCCGGCGUUGGAGACAGGUAACACAAGAGAGUUGGUUGAUCCGAAACUGCAAGAAAAGUAUGAUGAUCAGCAGAUGAAUAGGCUUGUCCUUACAGCUUCACACUGUGUCCAACAAUCACCGAUAUUACGACCAACCAUGACUCAGGUAUUAGAAUUGCUCACAAAUGGGAAUGAGGCUGAGGUUGCAAAGAGCUGGAGAAUGCCUAAGGAUAUGACUAAUGGCGAUGAGAAUAAUAAUGAAUGGGAUGACUACUCUAUGUUACUCGGAUAUGAUGUUCCUUUGGAUUCUUUCAUUUAAUAUUUGUUUUUUUUAAUCUAAUAGUAUCUACUAUCUCUCUUGAUAGAUCUUUUUCUUCUGUUAAUUCUUUGUAUCUUUAUGAAAAUUGAGGGGAUCAUCCAUCAUGUACCAAAAUUCACAACUAAUAGAAAUAAAUUACUAAUCA